AUGAGCAAAUUCGGCGUCAUGGUCAUGGGCCCCGCAGGCGCGGGGAAGUCCACCUUUUGUGCCUCCCUCAUCACCCAUCUCAACCUCAAUAGACGCUCCUGCUUCUACGUAAACCUCGACCCCGCUGCCGAGUCCUUUGAACAUGCUCCCGAUCUCGACAUCAAGGACCUCAUCUCCCUCGAAGAUGUCAUGGAGGAGAUGGGGCUCGGCCCCAACGGCGGACUCGUCUACUGCUUUGAGUUCCUGAUGGAGAACCUCGAUUUUCUGACCGAAGCUCUGGACGGCCUCACCGAGGAGUACCUGAUCAUCUUCGACAUGCCCGGCCAGAUCGAGCUAUACACACACAUCCCCAUCCUCCCCGCUCUUGUGAGGUUCCUGACGACCGCCGGCGCGCUGGACAUCCGGCUCUGCGCAGCGUACCUGCUGGAAGCAACAUUCGUCGUCGACCGGGCCAAGUUCUUCUCCGGCACCCUCAGCGCCAUGAGCGCCAUGAUCAUGCUCGAGAUCCCCCACGUCAACAUCCUGUCCAAGAUGGACCUGGUCAAGGGCCAGGUGCGCAAGAAGGACCUGAAGCGUUUCCUGACGCCGGACACGACCCUCCUCGAGGACGACCCGACCGAUAUUGCAAGACGGAAGGCCGGAGAGCAGGGGGACGACAAUGAAGACGAUGCGGCCGAUCCGACGAAGAGGGAGGCGGUUAUGCGCGGCGCAAGUUUCAGGAGGUUGAACAAGGCUGUCGCUGGCCUGAUUGAGAGCUUCAGCAUGGUGAGCUAUCUGAAGCUCGACGCCUCGGAUGAGGACAGCGUAGGUGCCAUCCUUAGCUACAUCGACGACUGCAUCCAGUACCACGAGGCACAGGAGCCCCGAGAACUCAAGGAGGAGGAGUAUGAUGAGGAAGAAGAAUAG